GCGGCCGAGCCGGCGCGCCUCUCCCCCCCUCCCCGCGCCCCCCGUCUGGCCCCCACGGUUAACAGUCGCGCGGCCGAAGGCGGCCCACGGGCAGGGCGCGGAAGGGGGAGUAAGCGCGAGGCCGGGACGAGCGGGGGGGGGGCGGCGAGGGAGGGGCGCGCCCACCACCCCUCCUGGCCUGCAGCGACCCCGCCUACGUCGCGGGACGCGGACCUUCGCGUCUGUCUAGCACCUGACUUCUGAGAGGGAGCGCUCGGAUAAUUCAGACAGUGAAAGGUACCAAGUUAUCUGAAGAGGUUUUUUGUUUGUUUGUUUUUGCAUUGUACAUAGUGGGGAGGGUUCAGAUGAUGAGGGAUAAUGGCUCCAACUAAAAGAUAUAUUCAAAUCAAUUCAUUUCCUUGAACUCUAGUGGCAGGAGUUGGAACAGUAAGAGGACUGUGUUGUGUGAAUAUAUUUGGUUCCUGCAUUUUGCCUGGUGAGUAAGGGAAGCUCAGAGAGUACGGGACGCCAAUUCUAUCUCAAAGGUGUAUCCAGAUCCAUUCAGUUCCUGUAUGUGGAUAGUGAGCUUUUGGAGACUGUGUCUGAAUAGGUUUGGUUCCUGCAUUUUUGAUGUUGAGUAGCUAGAGGUCUGAUAGUGAUGGAAAACAGCUCUUCUCAAAUAUGUCUGGUUUGAUAUUUAGGGAGGGUUCAAUGUCUGGGUGAUAAGUAGGGAGGCUGUGGAGGCUGAGGGAUACCAGCUCUGUCUCAGCAGUGCAUCUGCAUACAUUUAGUUUCUGAUUUUGGAUAGUGAAGAGUUUGGACACGCUUAUUUGAGGGAAAACAGCUCUGUUUGAAAUUUAUCGGGUGGAGCUGGGAGUACCAGCUCUGUCUCUCUCUCACACACACACACACACACACACACACACACACACACACGAUUCCCGAGUUUGGAUUGGGAGGAAUGUUGUAAUUAUGACAGCCAAUAUAUAUUGAGCACUUACUUACCAAGGGCCAGUUACUGCCCUAAACAAUCUUUAAGUGUCUUAAUUCAUGUCACGCUCACAACAGCCCUGUGAAGUGCAUAUUGUUGUCAUCACCCCUGUUUUCCAGAUGAAGACAUUGAGGCACAGAGAUGAUAAGUGACUUGUCUGGGCAGCCACAUAGCCAUAAGUGGCAGAGCAGGGUUGUAUCCCAGAGCCAUGGUUUCCUACCCCUACAGGAGGCCACAUGGGGCUCAAGUCCCGGCUGUGGUGGGACCUGGAGGUUGGCCAUCUUGCAGGACGACGAUGUGUGUGGGUGAUUCUACCCCACCUGUUGGCCUAGCCCAAGAGGCCCAAUUACCUGCUCUCCCCUCCUUACUCCUGCCCUAGCCCAUCUCCACACGGGUUUAUUAUUGUUGUCAUUAACAGACAUUAAUGACGUGGUGUGAGUUUUCUUGUACUUUGAAACGCCUUCCAAAGUGACUCUGGUCUCUGUUGGCCCUGGAAAUGCUGUUUACCCAUUUUACAGAUGAGGAUAGCUAAACCUUGGUCUGCAUUGCCAGCCAGAUACCCUUGGCCCUCGCAGCUCUGGUUUUAUAAGUGUCCCUCUUCCCAGUGUUCUUGCUGUCCCCCAAGAGGCAGGAGAGAGGCUGUGGCUGAGGGGACACUCCCCAUUGACACUCAGCCACCCACCUUAUGGCUGCUGCCUCCACCAGCCCUAGGCAGUGGAGGCGGGGGAAGGGGGCGGAUGAAAGGAGCCUUUGUGUCCCAUGCCAGAAAUCUCACUCCCAGGAAGAAAGGUGGGCAGGGUGGCAGGAGGCCUCGCAUUGCGUGUCUACAUAUACGGGGCAGGGCAUUGCUGGUACAGUGCUCCCCUCCAGACUUGGCCCCCCUACCAAGUGGGGAGGGAGCUUUCCUCACUCUGCUCUUUCACAUCACAGCAUGGGCUGCUGCAGGGGCCCGGGUUGGGCUUGGGCCCUGAGGUCACAGAGCAGAUGGUCCCAAAUGGAGCACAGGAUGUGUGGAGUAGCCCCUGUCCACCUCCAGCCCAGGACCCGGCCCCUCAAGUUCUGAGUCCACCCGCUCUUAUGCAUCUUUGAUCAGAAUCAGGCCUCCUCACCUCUCCGAGCCCCAGCUUCCACAUCUACGAGCUGGCUAUGAAGAGCUGGGUCUGCGUCAUCCUCCCAGGCAGAACUCCUGACUGCGGCCCAUGGGCCUCUGAGGAGGCGUCGUAAGUCCGCCUAGCUCCCCACGUGCUGUGCAUCCACUCAAUGGGAAGGGGACCAAGGCCUUGUCCAGCCAUCAGCCACGGCCUCUCGACAGUACCAGGAUGGAAGUCAAAGGUCAGCUGAUCAGCUCGCCCACCUUCAAUGCCUCAGCUGCCCUGUUCGGAGAGGCUGCCCCCCAGGUGAAGUCAGAGCGUUUGCGGGGGCUGCUUGACCGGCAGCGGGCCCUGCAGGAGGCCCUGAGCCUGAAACUUCAGGAGCUCCGCAAAGUGUGUCUGCAGGAGGCGGAGCUGACUGGCCAGCUGCCCCCUGAGUGCCCGUUGGAACCUGGGGAACGGCCCCAGCUGGUCCGCCGGCGGCCCCCUGCAGCCCGCGCAUACCCUCCAUCGCACCCCAACCCAGCACACCACUCCUUGUGCCCUGCUGAGGAGCUGGCUCUUGAGGCCCUGGAGCGGGAGGUGUCCGUGCAGCAGCAGAUUGCAGCCGCCGCCCGCCGCCUGGCCUUGGCCCCCGAGCUGAGCAUUGAGCAGCGCCGCCGCCGGCGCCAGGUGCAGGCAGAUGCGCUGCGGAGGCUGCACGAGCUGGAAGAACAACUGGGGGACCUCCGGGCCCGCCUCGGCCUCCCAGGGCUCCCCCCUCCGCAGCCCCUGGCCCUGGCCCCGGCCCCGGGGGCUCUCAUCACCACCCAGGGAGUAUGCCUGGGCACACGCCUCGCCCAGCUCAGCCAAGGUCUUGCCUUGAUGGGCCUGGGUCUCCCCUUCUCGCCUGUAGAGGACGGAAUCCUGCACUCGGAGAGCAGCUCCCUCUCGGAGUCUGGGGCCAGCCAUGAUAAUGAGGAGCCCCGUGGCUGCUUCCCCCUGGCCGAGCGCCCCUCACCACCCAAGGCCUGGGACCAGCUGCGGGCCGUAUCUGGGGGCAGCCCUGAGCGGCGAACCCCAUGGAAGCCACCCCCGUCAGAUCUUUAUGGGGAUCUGAAGAGCCGGCGGAACUCUGUGGCCAGCCCCACCAGCCCCACACGCUCGCUGCCCAGGAGUGCCUCCAGUUUUGAGGGGCGAAGCGUGCCUGCUACCCCUGUCCUCACCCGGGGCGCUGGCCCCCAGCUCUGCAAACCGGAAGGCCUCCAUUCUCGCCAGUGGUCUGGCAGCCAGGACUCCCAGAUGGGCUUCCCCCGGGCAGACCCUGCCUCCGACCGUGCCUCCCUCUUCGCAGCCCGCACCCGUCGCAGCAACAGCUCUGAGGCCCUGCUUGUGGACCGGGCGGCCAGUGGGGGAGCUGGCUCCCCGCCUGCGCCCCUGGCUCCCCCUGCCGCUGGCCCCCAGGUCUGCAAGAGCAGCGAGGUGCUGUAUGAGCGCCCACAACCAACCCCUGCCUUCUCCUCCCGCACAGCUGGCCCCCCAGACCCUCCCCGGGCUGCCCGGCCCAGCUCAGCUGCCCCUGCCUCCCGUGGGGCUCCCCGGCUCCCACCUGUGUGCGGGGACUUCCUCUUGGACUACUCCCUGGACCGGGGCCUGCCCCGCAGCGCUGGUGGUGGGGCGGGCUGGGGGGAGCUGCUGCCUGCAGCUGAGGUCCAAGGACCCCUCUCCCGCCGGGAUGGGCUCCUAGCUGUGCUCCCGGGCCCACCACCCGUGUACACAGCUGACGGCAGCAGCCCCCUCCUCCGCAGCAAGGACCCCCACUCCCGUGCCACCCGCACCAAGCCCUGUGGCCUAUCCCUGGAGGCCGCCGAGGGGCCCGAGGUGCAUCCAAGCCCUCUGCUGUGGAUGCCCCCCCCAACCCGUGUCCCCCCGGCCGGUGAGCGCAGCGGCCAUAAGAACCUCGCCCUGGAGGGGCUGCGGGACUGGUACAUCCGCAACUCGGGACUGGCUGCUGGGCCCCCGCGCCGGCCUGUGCUGCCCCACGUGGGCCCGCAGCACCCGCCCUUCCUCCAUGCCCGCUGCUAUGAGGUGGGCCAGCCGCUGUAUGGGGCCCCCAGCCAGGCGCCGCUCCCGCACUCGAGGAGUUUCACGGCACCCCCUGUCUCCGGCAGGUACGGGGGGAGCUUUUACUGAUGGGUAGGGGUCUCUGGAGGCAGAUGGCAAAAGCACCCAUGCUGGGGAGCAGCCAGUCACGGGAGUUAGUGACUCCCAACUGCGAGAGAACUAGCCGCAGCCUCGCCUCAGGGUCCUGGGCCCUGCCUGACCUGCAUGAAUCCACGGGGUCUUGGAGGGGUGUCUUGGGCCCUGGCAGCAGCAGCAGCAGCUGUCUACCAAGCUGUAGAAGAAUUCUGAUAUUGGAACAAAACAGUGCAUGUCUGCUGAAAAUGAGCCUUGAAAGCAGGGUGCUGGGAGGAAGGGCCUCCCAGGCCCCUCGCCUCUCUCUUCUUCCUUUUGCUGUGCCCCCAUGCUUGUGAGCCUAAAGGUGCUGUCCUGUGCCUGCCUCCACCUCUUUAACGAGCCUCUUUUCCUCUCUCUCUGUGUCUUGUCCGUCUUUUCCUCUCUUCUCUGUCUUGGCACCCUGUCUGGAUUCCUGCUACCCCUUCUAAAGAUACUACGCGGACUUCCUGUACCCCUCGGAGCUGAGCUCUCGUUUAAGUGACCUGACGCUAGAGGGGGAGCAGUCCUCCAGCUCUGACCCCCAGACCCCGGGGACACUGGUCUGACCCCUUCUUGUUGUCCCAGGCACGACUUUAGUCUGGGGAACACACGGCUGACCUCGCUGAACCCCGGGGUGUGAUUGCUCAGUCCUGGGGGGGUGCCGACCUGAUCUUCCAAGGCCCCUGGCUCCUUGUGGACCCACGAAGGUGUCUGACUCCCUGCUUCCCCUCUUACGCUGUGCUGGGAACUGGGGCCCUCAGCCAGCUGAAAAAAGAGGGGAUGGUGUAAUGGGGGCUCCAGGCCCCUUCCUCCGUUUCUGUUUACACUUGUGAUUUAGGUAUUCACUGUCUUCCCCCAACACUAGACCUUUUAUAAAAGGGAAACUGUGAUCUCGUCCUGGUUGGGUUCAUUCCUAUCCCCAUGCCCAGCCUGUUCCAUUUAGGAACCCCCCCCCCAAAAAAAACCCGGACAAUAUAGGGUCUCAGGGCCCUGUUCGGGGCAGCCAGGAGACUGGUGUGAACAGAACUCCCUGCCAUCCCCCCACCAGGGUAGUUCUUGGGGAGGUGGGCUCUCUGCCCGCAUUCGGAAGGACUGAAGUCUGGCUAGGGGGCUUGGGUUCAUUUUCCUACUCCCAGGUGUGCCCAAGGGAGCCCCAGUCCUUGUCUGCCUGUCUGUGCCCGCUGCCUCUGCCCACAGGUUGAGAUGGCCCAGCCUCUGCCCUAUCUAUCCCGGUCAGGAAGCCAGCCCUGCAGGAGGGCUAAAGGGCAGAGCCGCUGGGUGUGUUGUGUCCUGGGAUGCUGCGGUGGUGGAACCUGGCAUCGACUCGAUGCCAGGAAAAUCCUCAGGUGACGUCUGGCCACAGGCUGCGUCACGUCUUCCUUGGCUUUCUUUCCAUCCACCACUUUUUAAACAAAUCUACACAAGCUGUGUUUUCUAUGAUACCUAUCUGUGACUUUCUGGAGCUAGGGGUCCCCUGACCUCCUUUACCUGGUGUUAAACUUUUCUUUUUUCUACCAAUGGAUCUGGGCCCAAGACACUACCCACACUGGAAGGGGAUUUCUAUAAUAAAUGUGUAAACCGAA